GAUUUCAGCUCUGUGCUCACAAAGUGCCUCAGCAGACGCAGGGAAGGAGAGAGGUGAAGGCUGUGUGGAGUUCUGCGGAGAUGUCUUUAUUGGCAGCUUCUGCAAAGGGUUCCAGUGACAGCUCUUCCCUCCGAACUGGGCAAUAGUAUGGGUUUAUAUAGGGUAUUGAGGGAUCAGGAUUUGUCCUAUGGCUGAGGUCGAGGAGAAUAUGACCUAUAGCCUUACAGAGAGAUAACAGGGGUCUGAUGUGCGGAAGAGGGGCAGCUCUGUUCCACUCAUCAUGACUCUGCAUUUCUUAUCUUAGGCUAGUGACCGCCAUGGAGGCCUUGCAGGGCCUCUGACUGCUACACUGGGUAAUGUGUCAGACUGUGUUUUCACAAGUUCAACCUAAGUGACAACUGAGGAUUGACAACUGAAGCCUGUGCUUUGUCCUGGCAUCUUUCUCAAGUAAAACAAUCCCAACCUUCCCAAGCUCUAUACUGUACCAUUCAAAACUGGGUUGUUGAGCCACCUUCACAGGAUGAUGACUGAAUCUUUAAGUUCCUGGUGCAAGAGUGUUGUGGUGAUUCUAUUUGCAGACUGAAAGAUACUACGCAUAUCUUCAGCAAGCUCAAGCAUUUUACUCGUUUCCAUUCCAUCAGAUGAUGACUGCGGUGCCCAGCAUGGAAAUGAUGACCGAGCAGCCGACUCUAGAGGGCAUUCCAGAGCCAAACAUUGCUCAGGAGCCUCCAAAAGAAGUUAAAAAAGGGGGAAGGAAAAGAAAAGUCAAAGCAACUGAGCCAAAGCAACCCAAAAAGCCUGCUGCUAAAAAAGAAAAACCAGCCAAGUCAAAAGGCAAACAAGAAAAGAUCACAGAUACUUUUAAAGUCAAAAGAAAAGUGGACCGUUUUAAUGGUGUAUCUGAAGCUGAACUUCUGACCAAGACUUUGCCUGAUAUUUUGACCUUUGAUCUGGACAUUGUGAUAAUUGGCAUAAACCCUGGCCUGAUGGCAGCUUACAAAGGACAUCAUUAUCCGGGACCUGGAAACCAUUUUUGGAAGUGUCUGUUCAUGUCUGGUCUAAGUAAUGAACAGCUGAACCACAUGGAUGACCACACCUUGCCACAUAAAUAUGGGAUUGGAUUUACAAACAUGGUUGAAAGGACAACACCUGGAAGCAAAGACCUCUCCAGCAAAGAGUUUCGGGAAGGAGGGCGAAUUCUGAUGCAGAAGCUACAAAAGUAUAAACCUCGUAUAGCAGCUUUUAAUGGAAAAUGUAUUUAUGAAAUUUUUAGUAAAGAAGUUUUUGGAAUUAAAGUUAAGAACUUGGAAUUUGGGCUGCAGCCACACAAAGUGCCAGAUACAGAAACUCUCUGCUACGUUAUGCCAUCGUCCAGCGCAAGAUGUGCUCAGUUUCCUCGGGCCCAAGAUAAAGUUCAUUAUUACAUUAAGCUGAAAGACUUAAGGGAUCAACUGAAAGGCAUUGCACCCAACACAGAGGUCCAGGAGGUGCAGUACACAUUUGACUUGCAACUUGCACAAGAGGAUGCUAAAAAGAUGGCUGUCAAAGAAGAAAAGUAUGACCCAGGCUAUGAAGCAGCAUAUGGAGGAGCUUACUGUGACCGUGCACCGUAUGACACUGACCAGUGCAGUUUGUCUUCAAAUGAAACUGCAGGAAGCAAUCCUCAGUAUUGCGAAGGGUCGUCCUUCGGUGAGGUUCCUAACGGACAGUGGAUGACACAGUCCUUUGCAGACCAGAUUCCAGAGUUCAAUGCUGGCAUGACACGGGAAGAGGAGGGAAGCAGCGUGUAGGAGCUGCUCCUUCUCAGCUAUGCACACAUGCUGCAGUUUUAAUGCAGUGAUCAAGAUUGGUACCUCAGUUCUCCAACUGAAGCAUCUGAAUAGUAUUUUAUCUCCCCUAGUUAUUUUAUUAUAGUCCAAAGUAAGUGUGUGGUAGGCUGAAAUCAAUGAACUAGGUAAUUUUAAGGAACUAUUCAAACUUUUUAAAAAAAGUUAGCCCUUUUUUGUAUAUGAGUUUUAUAUUUAAUGUAUACCAUUUCUUGCAGUUUUUGACAAAUUGCUUUCUCAUUUGUGAAGAUUUCUUUGGGGUGUUAAUUUUAUUCCAUAAAUGGCAACAUGGUGGGAACAGCAGCAGUAUACUUUUUACUGAUGCCUCAAUAUUUGGAUAUCUCUUCAUACUUUUAUAUCCAGAGGGGAAAAUGUACCCUUACCUGGUGUGAAGUGGUGUUUUUAAUCAUGCACAGUUAAGGAAAUGGUGCUUUUUAAACCUGCCUUUCACCGUCUUAAAAAGUGUAGAAAGUUGUGUUUUGCAGCUGUGAAUGCUGUCUUCCAGGUGGGAUGGGAGAGCUGUCUGUUCAGUGAGUGUAACAUAACUGAGGAUAAAGGGAAUGAAGACAUCAUCUCACAUCACAACACUGGGGAGGAAAACUUGUGUCACACAGAACAGGGCUUCAAUAUUCUAGCUGAGCUCUCUUAGGAUAAGGUUUCUCUACUACUCCAUCUCUUUCCCCCUAAAAUUUCAAUGUAAGGAACUGGAAUGGCUUUUAAAAAAAGCAAAACCAAACAGUAGUGGUAGUUCUUGAAUUCUGUGGUAUUUCCAUGAAGUUAGUCCCUUCACCUGACCUUUAGCGGGAGAUAACCCCUUUGAAAGAGACAGAGAAUUGAAAGACUGCAUUCUCUUUAAAAGUCAUGUACAGCUAUGUUAUUUACAUCACCUACAAUUAGCACAGGGUGAAAUAGAUUUGCAGUUUAGCAGUUUUUAACAGUAAGCUCUCUUCAGUCUGUAGUACCUUAGAGGGUAUUCCCUUUAUUCCACUUAAAAGUUAAAAACACUGAGUUGAAUACAGGGACAGCUGUUUUAUGAAUACGAAGUUGUCUGUAGAAACUAUAACUCUUCUGAGGAACUUGCCUAAAUGAUACACAUUUUUGGCCAAUAUUAGUGACUGAGAAAAACAAAGAAUUUCAUCCUGGUGCCUAACUCUCACUUUCUUUUCCUCUUUUAUCAUGUGAGGAAAAGAUUAAGUAAAAGCAAUAAGCUGAUCAAAACACUAAAGUUUUGAUGAUCUUAUGACAUUUGGUGCUUCACAUACUUGAAAACAGACACAAACAGUAUCUCCACACUCCAUGCUGGUCAGAGAUUCCUGUACCAGUGUGAUUUCUCCUCUCUUCACAGCCAGUGACAGUUGUCAGUUGUGUGUAACUGGUUAGUGUAGGUUCUAAUUCUGCUGUAACACCUCUUACAGAGAUCACACACUGUCAACCUGUUGUGAGGCAGGCGUGAUGUUUACAGUUUCUUCCCAAAUUAGGUGGCUUAAUUCUGAGAAUCUUCAAUUGAGUGAGUGUGCAUUAUGAUUCUGAUUGUAUUUAUUAGCUGCAGCAUAAAGCUGUUCCACAUAUUGUCAGAAAGGUAUAGGACUUGUCUUGUCUGUUAUUUAAAGUGUACUGUAUCAUGUAUUGCUGUUUACAUGGAUGUUUUCCUGCAGGUGCUCAAAGUAUCUCGCAUCAGGGAUUUGUUACAAUUCAGUUUUAUUUUCAACCAAAUUAGAAGCAUGAAAUUAGUACUGCUGAGUAUGUAGCACAGUAGGCUGUAACUCCUGAAAGGCUGUCCUGUUUGCUUGGAAGGGAAAGGUCUCUUCCUUAAUGGAAUCACUCACUUGGUUAUAAAAUACAGUGGACUGUACAAUGACCAUUCCACUAGAUACUGCAAUUCUGUGUCCUCCCUCAAAACUGGUGCUCUUUUUGUUAACAGUGAUGCAGAAGUUCUUAAUCUGUCUUAAAUCUAUCAAUGUUUCACAAUAAAAUCAGGAAUUGUA